AUGUCGUCCUCCACCACCGGCCCCGACGCCUCGUACACGGCCAUGGACAAAGACGUCGAAGCCAUCGGCGCCCACUGCGAAUUCGCCUAUUGCCACCAACUCGACUUCCUCCCCUUCCGCUGCGACUCGUGCCAUCACACCUUCUGCCUCGACCACCGAACAGAAACCGCCCACAAAUGCACGCACGCAGGCGAAUGGGCAAAGAACAGACGCCUGAACAGCGUCGGCGGCAGAGCCACCACUCCCAUACAAGGCAAACCCACGCUCACCAACGCCACGCAAUGUAGCGAGCCAGCAUGCAAAACCUUCGUCAACACGUCCCAGAAUCUCGGCGUCCACUGCCAACAAUGCAACAGGACGUAUUGCCUGAAACACCGCAUGGGCGAGGAUCAUGAUUGCAAGAACUUGGUACCGCUGGGCGCGCGGCCGCUCGACAUGGCGCUCCAGAGCAACAGGGACAAAAUCAAGCUCGGCUUCGGCCGGUUCAAGUCGUGGGGCAAGGAACGACAAGAGGCACUCACGCCCAAGCCGAAACCGUCGAGCAAGGCCGCGCAGCUGGCGUCUCUGAAUGCGCUGAAAAAGACCGCAAAGGGCGAUGACAAACUACCCGCGGAGAAGCGCGUAUAUCUACACGUCGAGGCCGAGGCGGCGUCCACGACGGCCAAAUUGCCCAAGGCCGACCUGUUCUUCUCGAGCGAGUGGUCGAUUGGGAGGGUGCUGGACGAGGCGGCCAAGAGGCUGCAGGUCGCCAACGUGAACAAUCGGGUGGAGACGGAGGAACAGAGGUUACGGAUGUACUUUGUCGAAGGCGGGCGGUUGCUGGAGUUUAGUGAAAAGGUGGGAAGUGCAUUGGCCAGUGGCAAUACGGUUGUGUUGCUUAGAGGAGUUGGCCCAAAGCAGGCCAAGUGA